AUGACGGUGCUCGCGGACGAUCAGAUCGACUUCGGAGCGGCCCUGCCCGACGAAGCGCCGGGCCAGAAGUGCACCGACGCCGACCCGUCCGGCACCGAGGGCGCCUUCCGCUGUCUGGUGGAGGGCGGCGACAUCGCCUUCGUCAAACACUCGACGCCGCGCGAGAUGAUGAGCGCCGGCCUCCGCAAGGGCACCGGCGUCCGCCAGGCGGGCCAGCAGGCCAUCACCAGCACGGCCAUCCCGCCGGACCUGGACGAGACGAUGUUCGAGCUGCUGUGUCUGGACGGGAAGCGGGCGCCGCUCGCGGAGUACCUGCGCUGCAACUGGGGCCGCAUUCCCAGCCACGCCGUGCUGACGUCGUCGGCGCGGCCGCGCGAGCUGCGCAUCCAGUACCAGCGCUUCCUCAAGGAGGCGGUGAACCUGUACGGCUCGCCCUCGCCGACCACGCCCGAUCCGUACGGCGACUUCCGCUUCUCGCUGUUCGAGUCCUUCCGCUACGGCGUCCGGCCGAACCUGCUCUUCCAGGACUCGACCGUGUCGCUGUACCCGAUCAAGCACGACGACCAGCUGUACCUGCGCUACCUGGGCGACGCGUUCACGCCGAUCAUGGAGGUGCGCUCGUGCCCGGUGCGCGCGCUCCGCCUCUGCGUCACCUCGCACGCCGAGCAGAUCAAGUGCAACCAGAUGCGGCAAGCGCUUCGGGCCCAGCUGCUGAAGCCGGAGCUGAUCUGUUUCCGGGGACACAGCACCGUCGACUGCAUGCGGGUCAUCAACAGGGGUUUGGCCGACAUUGUGAUGCUGGACCCGGGCGACGUCUACACGGCCGGCAUGCGCUUCAACCAGGUACCCAUCAUGAACGAGGUGUACGACAAGGACAAGUCCUUCUUCUACGUAGUGGCCGUCUCCAAGGAGACUGACCUGGACACCGACCUGCUCUACCUGAGAAACAAGAAGACGUGUCACACGGGCGUGAUGGACGGCGCCGGCUGGGUGAUCCCGCUCGCCUACCUCAUCUCCAACGAGCGCAUCCGCGGGUACGGCUGCAACUCGGUGCAGGCGGCGGCGCAGACUUUCACCAAGGCGUGCGCGCCCGGCGCCCUCAGCAGCGACUAUAACUUCGGCUACACCUGGUACAACCUGUGUCAGUUGUGCCACGGCUCCAGUGGGAACUACUGCUCCCGGGACGCCUCGGAGGGGUACUACGGCCACACCGGCGCGUUCCGCUGUCUGGUGGAGGGCGGCGGAGACGUGGCCUUCGUCAAGCACACCACCGUCCAGGAGAACUGCGACGGCAAGCGCCAGGAGUUCUGGGCGCGCAACCAGCUGACCGCCGACUACCAGCUGCUCUGCCGCGACGGCACCCGUGCCCGCAUCCAGGACUACCCCACGUGCAACGUGGGCCGCGUGCGCACCAACGCCAUGGUGACGCGCGGGGGCGAGGCGCUGAACGAAACCGAGAUCAACACCAUCCUCAACCUGUUCAUGCACGCUCAGCAGCACUUCGGACAGAAGUUUGGCGACGAGUUCAACUUCAAGAUGUUCCACUCGUCGGAGCCGACGGCCGACCUCAUCUUCUCGGACGCGGCGCAGCAGCUGCGGCCCAUUCCCAAGGACGAGCGCAACUACAGAGCCUACCUGGGCAAAAACUUCCUGGAGGCGCGCGCUGUGGUGGACUGCCGAGCCGGCGCGGCGUCCCUGGCCGUCUCCCUGGCAACGGUCGCUGUGGCGGCGGCCGCGCGCCUUCUGGUGUGACGCGCGGCUGAAGCACAUCUCAUCUGUACAUUGUCGUACCCGGGGACAGGACACGCCAAUCACACAGUGCAACAGUGCAACCGUCGUCCGUGAAGUGGUGGAUAGCUGUUAGGAGAAGCGGCGCACGCGAUCGACUGAGGGUCGGAAUCUCGGGCCGUGUGGGGUUCGGCGCGUGGGCCCCGCUGCAGCCUCCGACGAGGCGCCCGCCGGCCCGUCCAGCGGCUGUGCAGCUCGGGUCCUGGGGUCGUCGGCGUUGGCCCAGCGAGGCGGCCGCCUGGGCGUGCCUGAACACGACCCCCAGAUCCACUCGGCCGGCCGCCUCUGUGGCGGUGACUGCCAGCCGUCGGGGCCGUGCGGUGCGGCUCGUCGUGAUGUCAUCGCCGUGUGCUUCGGGCUGGGGUGGCCCCGGUCGCCAGAUGACCGCUCCUCACCUGGACCUGGUGCCUGCGUGGUCGAGCCGCGGCGUGCGCAGCUGGCUCGACUCGCCACAGCCGCUCUCUGGCUCGCCACCCGUGCAUUACCUUGCGCCCGCCUCAGAUCUGCGCGAAGAUCUGAAGCAGACAGCUCAAACGUGACGGAAUCCGUAGCUAGUGUGUGAUGCGCACGGCUGGGCAGGGCGCGCGCCCAGUGUACGGGCCUCUGGAUGUGGCUGCACCGAUACCACGCCGUGGACGGCCGACGACGGCACUUCCGAGUCAGAGUCAAUGUCAUUGGUGAGCGCUGGUCUGACUAUGCGCACCAGCUCGCGGGCCCCGGGCCGGCCGUGCUCUGCGCCCGUGGGCGUGGUUGCAGCAGGCCGGCCGGAACGCGAGGCGCUUUGCUGGUCACGUUCUCCGGCAGGAUCGUACCCGGGAUCUCGGCUAGGACAGUAGGCUCACGUGUGGCUCCAGAGCAACGCUGCGCGCGCUUUUUGCUGCAGAGAUCAUGGUUUUAGGUCGUAUGUUUUCAACAGUUACAUCGAAGCAAGCAGGCGUCGUGGAGCCUCGAGGAAAUACCACACUGAAAAUAUGUGAACUGCACAUAUUAGUUUUGAUGCGCCUACCUCCGCGCCUGCUUGUCGGAUGUAUCACGUAGCAUAUAUUUUGUAUGGACUCUUUUCACCGGCGGUUGCUUGACACGCCUAGCAUAUUGCACGUCGGCAUAGCGGCCUGUUUUUAUUCGUGUAGGCUUUGCACCUCGUGGCGCGCGCUUUCUACCAAUUGUACCCGGCUGCUAUCGUUCAUACGCGCAGUGUAUUCCACUUUUGGAUGGAUAUUUUUAUAACUGACGUUACUGUGUGUGACAAUAUCUACACGUUACAAUGACUGUGCCCAUCCCGUCCACUCGUAUGAGGCUUGUGAAUCCGUCCAGUAUACGCCAGAGCUGACGCUCAAGCGCUAUUGCAUUCCGUCUUUGCGUCCAAAUAUACCAG